GGUGGUUGUUGUUGUUGUUGUUGUCGUCGGCAAAAUGGCGUCUGGUGGAGAGGCCCCGGAGUCAUGGUACCUCGCACUGCUCGGUUUCGCGGAGCACUUCCGCACCUCGAGCCCCCCAAAGAUCCGUCUUUGCGUCCACUGUCUGCAGGCGGUCUUUCAGUUUAAGCCGCCGCAGAGGGUAGAGGCGCGGACGCAUCUGCAGCUGGGAUCGGUCCUCUACCACCACACCAAGAACAGCGAACUCGCCCGCAGCCACCUGGAAAAGGCGUGGUUCAUAUCACAGCAAGUCCCUCAGUUUGAAGAUGUUAAGUUUGAAGCUGCCAGUCUUCUAUCAGAACUCUAUUGCCAGCAGAACUUGGUGGAUUCGGCGAAGCCUCUGCUGCGGAAGGCGAUCCAGAUCUCCCAGCAGACCCCGUACUGGCACUGUCGGCUGCUGUUCCAGCUGGCUCAACUGCACACGCUGGAGAAGGACCUGGUUUCGGCGUGUGACCUUCUCGGGGUGGGGGCGGAGUACGCCAGGGUGGUGGGCUCAGAGUACACCCGGGCACUGUUUCUCCUGAGUAAAGGGAUGCUGCUGCUGAUGGAGCGGAAGCUGCAGGAGGUGCACCCGCUGCUCACGCUGUGCGGGCAGAUCGUGGAGAACUGGCAGGGAAACCCCAUACAGAAGGAGUCCCUGCGCGUCUUCUUCCUGGUGCUGCAGGUCACGCACUACCUGGACGCCGGGCAGGUGAAGAGCGUUAAGCCGUGUUUAAAGCAGUUGCAGCAGUGCAUUCAGACCAUCUCCACACUCCAUGACGACGAGAUCCUCCCUAGCAACCCUGCCGACCUCUUCCAUUGGCUGCCCAAGGAGCACAUGUGUGUGCUGGUAUACCUGGUGACGGUCAUGCACUCCAUGCAAGCCGGCUACCUGGAGAAGGCGCAGAAGUACACGGACAAGGCCCUCAUGCAGCUGGAGAAGCUGAAGAUGCUGGACUGCAGCGCCAUCCUCUCCUCCUUCCAGGUCAUCCUGCUGGAGCACAUCAUCAUGUGCCGCCUGGUCACCGGACACAAGGCCACCGCCCUGCAGGAGAUCUCCCAGGUGUGCCAGCUGUGCCAGCAGUCGCCCAGGUUAUUCUCCAAUCACGCCGCCCAGCUGCACACUCUACUAGGUCUGUACUGCAUCUCGGUAAACUGCAUGGACAAUGCUGAGGCCCAGUUCACCACCGCCCUGAGGCUGACCACCCAUCAGGAGCUGUGGACGUUCAUCGUGACCAAUCUGGCCAGCGUCUACAUCAGAGAGGGCAACCGACACCAAGAACUCUACAGCCUCCUGGAGAGGAUAAAUCCAGACCACAACUUUCCUGUCAGCUCCCACUGUCUGCGGGCGGCGGCCUUCUACAUCCGCGGCCUCUUAUCCUUCUUCCAAGGGCGCUACAACGAGGCCAAGAGGUUCCUGCGUGAGACCCUGAAGAUGUCCAACGCGGAGGACCUGAAUCGGCUGACCGCCUGCUCCCUGGUCCUGCUCGGACACAUAUUCUACGUGCUGGGGAACCACAGGGAGAGCAACAACAUGGUGGUCCCGGCCAUGCAGCUGGCCAGCAAGAUCCCCGACAUGUCUGUGCAGCUGUGGUCCUCUGCCCUGCUCAAAGACCUGAACAAGGCCUGUGGGAACACCAUGGACGCUCACGAGGCAGCCCAGAUGCACCAGAACUUCUCCCAGCAGCUCCUGCAGGACCACAUCGCUGCCUGCAGCCUCCCCGAACACAACCUCAUCAGCUGGACGGACGGCCCUCCCCCAGUGCAGUUCCAGGCCCAGAACGGCCCCACCACCAGCCUGGCCAGCCUGCUGUGAGACGGGGGCCCCUCACCGGCACCAGCACUGUGACCCCCCCCCCCAGGGCACCCCCCCACCCCUCAGGGGCCCCACGCCCAGGACCCUCAGCACAGACAGCCGCUACUCUGUACAUAAUGCCUUACGCUUCCUUCUUGUACGGGGGCCCGGGGGGGGGCAGGGGGGCGGUUACAGAGGGAGGGGGCAGGGUGGCAACGUAGGGGUGAGGGCCAUUUUCAUUUCAGUAAUUCAGUCCCAUUUUUUGGAAAUCAACUGAAACCGGAUUCACGAAUUGAAAAAUUUGUACGAAAAUUUGUCAUUAGAACACGAAUCGGCGUUUUUCACUUCACAAGUUAAAUUUUAAAUUUAAUUUUCGGAAUUGACUCUGACUGAAAUGGAAUUGUCUCCCAGCCCCCCCCUCACCCCUCUCCAGGUUCAGGGGGUGGGGGUCUCACACAGUCACAGGCCAGUGCAACGAG